AGAAGAAAGGCGGAAGUACUGUUGUGAUUUUUGUUUGUUCCCUUCCGAUCGUUGAAUUGCCUCAUAAAGGUAAGCAUAACAUAUCAAAAAACGCCUAAUUGUGAAUUGUAAAUGAUAUUUUCUUUCCUUGCAUUUAAUGUAUAUAUAUAUUUUCUAUAUAGUUUUUAUGUAGUGUCAGCUCGAAGAUAUUAGCUUGUUAGCUACUCUAAAAUUCGAGUUUAAAUAAAGUUUUAUGUUAUGUUAUGUUAUGCCUGCCUCACUGAUAAGAAACUGUAAUGGUCCUGUUUAUCAAUGCCCUGUCGCAGAAUAUCGGCAACUAACCUUUGUCAGUGUGUUGUGAAAGUACUAGGUUCUCCUGGGCGGACUGUUCCUUAUUAUCCUUCUAAAGAUGAAACAUUUACACGAUCGUGAAUAUGAUGAUUUUAAAAUGAGACAGUUCACCAGUGUAAGAACCUAACUAAAGGAACUGUUUACGCCAAAAAAUUGCAAUGUCCGAGAUAAGAAACAUUGGUCGUUUGGACUAGAUUCAUUCGCAGAUCUUGAUUCGUGUACAUGCACCUAACUUGUGGAAAACAUUUACACCAUGCGUCUUUAAUUUAUCCAUAGCCGCUUUUUAACCAGCCUAAAGAUUUUAAACAAACCAAACUACUAUUGUCAAUGAACAUUUGUGAGAUACCGGAUUAAAUGUCAGUGGUGAGGUCCUGUUUACCUGCGAGCAGAGGUUUCUCUCUUGCAUGGCUUUUUAAUAGCGUUUACGAAGUCGUUCGCGUGGCUUGUCUGUUGCGUAGUUGGUUUAUUUACGCCCCGUAAACAAACCAACUACGCUUGGAAUUUAUAGCCGUGCAGUGUUUUUCAUAAGGUUCCUAAAAUUCUAGUUAACUUGCUAAGAUAUAAUCAAAGUAUUCUGUUAUACAAAAUGGUACUAACGUAACGUUCUUGACGUUUUUUACCACUCCUAUUUUUGAAAAACGUGAAAACCUAAAUAUUUGUUGCGUGACUCGUGAAACGCAACAUUGUAGCUGGUGAACUCGUGCUGAGACCCUCCCCCCUUGCCCACCCUCUUAUCACACCUGGCCUUUAAGAAAUUAUGAUUUAAUUACUUAGAUUAGAACAGCAACAAAAAAGAUUUCUUAAAAUGCAUUUCGAAUUCGAAUAUUUCUCUUUCUUUCUUACUCAUUUAGAAUUGAAACAAUAAAUACGUUCAUACACUCCCGUAGUUCCCUUGAAAACCAUACCUGAUUCCAGACCAAAAUGAGCAAAAUCUAUACCCGUUUUCAGACCAAAACGGAGCAAAAACCCUACCCUUUGGGGCGUUACAUACCUAUAUGACUUAUAUAUGGGAGUACCCCCUCCUGGGCUUUUAGACUUGACCGUGCACAGCUUUCCAUAGCGUUCCUGUCAUUUUGAACUUACUGACCAGUAGAAGCAUCGCAUUAAUUGUGUAUUCAGUCAUAAUUUGUGAACAAAAAACAAAGGACUGUGCACGGUCAGGGAACUUCCAACAUAAACUGGGACAGCACCAUUGUUUUCACCUUUGAUGUGUGCCGGUUUUCAUAACCAGUCUCCUUUACUAACUAUAUGGUCAGGAGCUAUAGUUUAUUUGAUUUAGGUUUGAUUGGUGUUUCUAUUUUUUCAGACAAUGGCGUCUGAGGGACUGGAGUGUUCAAUCUGCUGCGAGCGUUUUAAUGAAGAAAAACUCUGCCCGCGUUUACUGAGUUGCGGUCACAGCUUCUGCUCAAGCUGCUUGGAGAAGCUGUUCAAAGAGUAUGCAAUUAACUGCCCCACUUGCAGGAGUGCAGUGUCUGUGCCGGCUGGUGUCAGAGGACUCCCAAAGAAUUUUGCCCUACUAGACGUCUUACAAGCCACUCCGCAGACUCCAGCAGGUGGCAAUGAAGAUUUGCGCCUUUGUGAAGUCUGUGAUGAGGAGAAGCACCCUGCGACAUCCUGUUGUUUGGAUUGCAAAGAGGAUAUGUGCAAGGAUGUUGCUCGAUGGCAUACUCGACAGAAGGCGACCCGCGGUCACCGUGUUGUUUCCCUAGAGGAACUAAAGGCAAACCCAAAGCUUGCUGCUGUGCCAGUUUUCUGCCCAGACCAUAAUGAGCAAUACCGCUUCUUUGAUGAGGAAUGCAAUCGUGUCGUGUGUAGGGACUGCGUUACUCUCAAGCACAAUGGUCACAAGUGUUUAUCAUUAGCUGAAGCUGCUUCAAAGUACCGCCAGGAAAUGGAAGCACUUGUUACCAAAGCUAGCACCCACGCCGAGGAAAUUAAAGCUGCAGAAGUUCAAGUGGCGGCUGUAAGCGUUGAUCUGAAUAAGGCGUACGAGGUACAGGCUGCUCGAAUCAAAGGUGCCUUCAAAGACGUAAGCUAACAUUUACUUUUCUGAUUUCCGUGAAUUCCAAGUGAAUAAGAAAGAAAGAGAAACAUGCGAAUUCGAAAUGGAUUUUUUUGUCGGCGUUCUAAUCAGUCUAAGUAAUGAUAACAUAUUUUCUUAGAAGCCAGGUCUGAAAAUCGGUAUGGGUUUUAGGUCUGAAAACGGGUGUGAAAAAUGACAUUUUUGUGGCCUGAAAAAGGGUCAGGAUUUGGAGAACCGGGCGGCACACCUCACCAAGAAUUCCCAGGAGCACCCCCCGGGUCUGAUUUUAUUCAAUUAUUUAAUUAAUUCAAUUAGCUUUUAUAUUUUUCACUCCUGUUAAAAGGGAGCAAGCACAAAUGAGCAAUUUUCACAAUCGAUCAUCUUCAGACCAUUUUCACACUGAGAGUGAACUUAGCAAAAUGUACAGGGUUUUCUUAUGCGCGUUGACCCUUCAUUCUGACAAAGUGAAUAAUGGUUAUGCAUUUGAUAGAUAUCUCUCCAAGGAGCAUUCAAAGUGCAACACGGCCUCACUUUUUAGAUUUCGUAGACUAAUAUAAACGGCCGCGAAAUUUUCUUGUUUUGCAGCUUUAUAUUGCCCUUUCUACCAGAGAACAAGCUCUGUUGAAUGAACUGGAUCAGUUACGUAAGACCAAAGCAUUCACACUAACAGAACAGCAAGACCGUCUGCGUAUAUUCCAAGCCUGCCUAGAGAGUGCCGUCCAGCGUGCUACGUCCACAAUCCAAUCAGGCAACACUGAGCUCCUAGUCGCCAUGACUGAUAUAGUAUCAACAAUAGGGGCAAUGGAGAAACAACCCCUCGUGCUUGAACCUCAAGUGGAUCGUGCUGUAUUGGAUUUCAACAUCAACCUUGAGCAACUGCUUGACUUUCUUCAUAACGCCGGCAUGGUCAGUGAUAAGUCUACCUGUGCAGCCACCACCACCGCUCAGGGAGCAGGUUUAGAGGUAGCAGUGCCUGGAAAGGAGGCUUCAUGUACUAUUAUUGCACGUGACGUUCAAGGAAGUCUACGUGGUGUUGGAGGUGACUUGUUCAUGGUGGAACUUACAGAAAAUGACGAAGUGAGAGUUAAAUGUAAUGUAGAGGACAAAGGCGACGGUACUUACGUGGUAAACUAUACCAUCCCAUCUUAUUCAAAGGGUACUCUUAGGCUUUCAGUGCUUUUUCAUCAAACCCACAUUAAAGGCAGUCCUUUUCUCGUCUGUGAUGUUCCAGUGGGAAAAGUAAGCUGUUACAACUGUAGUGCGCGAACGAAGAGUAUGAUUUACUACCGAAACAACAGAGAGUGGAGUCGGGAAGAUUGUUACCGCGUGAAUGGAUAUAGUGCGGUGUGUAACAACUGCACGUUCCGUACUCAACAGGGGUGGAUCAAAUGUUGUGGGCCAUGUUAAAUACUUCAAUAUAUGGACGUGUGCCCUGGGAGGGAGCUGUGAAAACGCCUGUUCGAUUACGUCAUCGU